UGUGUACAAGUGUCGAGAAAAACAGUAUGUAUGUAUACAUACGCACGUUGUGUUUAUGUAUAUCUUCUUCUCUAUGUAGUACACGAUUUAAGAGCAUAACUCGGUGCGUGUGCGUGUGAGUGUGCGUGUGUGUGUUUAUAUCAGUCCGUUGUUGUUGGCACAUUUCGAUAUAUUAUAUAGCUCGCGCACGAGACAGAGCGAGAGCGGAGUAGCAACAGCACCAACGCGGCCACACAACAGUACGUUAUACAUGCAUACAUACAUACAUACAUACGUACACACAUACAGCAAAGUCUUUGACCGUCUUCGGCUUCACGCGCAAACGCGUGUCCGUGUAUUUUUUCGACUCUCCGUCUCUCUCUGUACGUUCGCGAAAGUCAUUCUCUUCCAUUUGACACUUUGCAACGACUUUCGGUUCAAGAUUGACAAACUUUUGCGAAUGUGCUGCUGUGUUGUUGUCGUUCGUGCAUCGUCCGUCGUGCGUAUGCGUGGGUGACUGCUACAUGUAACGUAUAGUAAACAAAAUUCAGUGCCACAACACAACAGAGAGCAGAGACUGCUGCGCCGUGUGUGUGUGUCGUAGUAGUAGUAGUAGUACGUUUUCCAAAAGAGCAUGUAAGUGCGCGACAGAUCAGUGCAGCAGCAGAACAGAACGAGAAGAGUCAAAACAAAGAAAAAAAAUAGUCGAGAUUCGAUCGUCGUCGAGCUACAGAGACAAGUAGACGACGUGGAUACGUACGAAUCUCUACGUUGGGCCAGACCUAAAGCAAGGUAUGCCAAUGAUAAAAAGGAAUCCGAUGAGACGCGGAUACGAGUAUAAUCAUACUGCACCUGUAGAAAACGGAUCCACUUGUCCAUGUUCGAACUGAUACGAGGCAGCGAUUGAUACGACCAAUUGGUAUCGCCAUGCAUAAAAUGGACAUAGAGAGCAGCUACCAGCAGCUCGAGCAGGUGCUCGAGGACGAGGAGGGCGAGGACGAGGACGAGGCCGGCCGCGACAAUUAUCACGAGGACGAGGGCGUCCACGACCACGUGAUCCACGUGGUGCCCGAGACGGGCAAGACGCCCUGGAACCACAUCGAGGACCUCGACUCGUUCUUCAUACGCGUCUAUCACUACCACCAGAAUCACGGCUUCCUCUGCAUGAUGCUGCAGGAGGUGCUCGAGCUCGGCCAGUUCGUCUUCAUCGUCGGCCUGCUCACCUUCCUCUUUCACGGCGUCGACUACGCGAUCCUGUUCAAGGAUCGCAUACCCUCGGGCCACAACAAGACGGCCAUCAACGACGCCAUCCUGCCCGCGGACGAGGCCUUCGCCAGCAUGGGCUUCUUCACCUGGAUCUCGCUCUUCUUCGCCAGCAUCUUCUGGCUGUUCGGCGCCGUGCGCGUCUGCUACCACUUGGUCCAGUUCUGGGACAUCAAGGCGUUCUUCAACGACGCCAUGAAGAUCAGGGACUGCGACCUCGAGAGUCUGCAGUGGCACGACGUGCUCAAGCGCAUCAUCCUCGUGCAGCGCGAGCAGGAGAUGUGCAUACACAAGAAGGACCUCACGGAGCUCGACGUCUAUCAUCGCAUGCUGCGCUUCAAGAACUACAUGGUCGCCAUGGUGAACAAGUCGCUGCUACCCGUGCAGCUCAAGAUCCCCUUCCACGGCAACGAGAUCUUCCUGAGCCAGGGCCUGCAGUACAAUUACGAGCUGCUGCUGUUCUGGGGGCCCUGGUCGCCCUUCGAGAACAACUGGCACCUGCGCGAGGACUACAAGAAGAUCAACAAGCGCCAGGAGCUGGCGGCCCGCCUGGCCAAUCACAUAUUCUGGAUCGGCAUCGUCAACUUCGUCCUCUGCCCGGUGAUCUUCGUCUGGCAGAUACUGCACUUCUUCUUCACGUACGGCGAGCUGCUGAAUCGCGAGCCCGGCGUGCUCGGGCUGCACACCUGGUCGACCUACAGCCGCCUGUAUCUGCGCCACUUCAACGAGCUGGAUCACGAGCUGCGCGCCCGGCUGAAUCGCGCCUAUCGGCCCGCCUCCAAGUACAUGAACAACUACACGCCACCGGUGACGACCAUACUGGCGCGCAACAUGGCCUUCGUCUCGGGCAGCGUGUUCGCCGUCUGCGUCGCCCUGGCCUUCUACGACGAGGACUUUCUCACGGUCGAGCACGCCCUCAUGAUCAUGACGAUCGCCGGCAGCGUGGCCCAUCUCACGCGCACCAUGGUGCCGGACGAGAAUCUCGUCUGGUGUCCGGACAGUCUGCUCACCGCGGUGCUGGCCCACACGCAUUACGGGCCCGACAGUUGGCGCGGACAGGCCCACGCGCCCGCCACCCGCAGCCAGAUGGCCCAGCUGUUUCAGUCGCGCGCCGUCUACCUGAUCAAGGAGCUCUUCUCGCCCAUCGUCACGCCCUAUCUGCUCUGCUUUCAUCUGCGCUACCGGGCCCUCGACAUCGUCGACUUCUUUCGCAACUUCACCGUGGAGCUGACCGGCGUCGGCGACGUCUGCAGCUUCGCCCAGAUGGACAUCAAGAAGCACGGCAAUCCCGCCUGGCAGACGCAGAAGAGGAAGAUCGGCGGCACUCUGGCCUCGAACCCCUACACCCAGGCGGAGGACGGCAAGACCGAGCUGUCGCUCAUCAACUUCAUGCUGACGAAUCCCGAGUGGAAGCCGCCCGUGCUCGCCGAGAACUUCGUUCAGGCUCUGCGCGACCGCGUGAAGCACGAGGCGGCCGCGGUGGCGAUGGCCGAGGCCAAUCCGCUCCACGCCAGCAUCAGCAGCCUGACAAAUCUCGGGCCCGAGUACAACGGCAUCGUCACCAGCGUGCUCAGGUCCAACUUCUUGAAUCCCAUUGGAUUCGCCACGACAACAACGGCUGCUGCUGCCGAGCCGCAGUUACUUCAGCAGCAGCAGGCGUCAACCUCGAUACUGCUGAACGACGGCAGUAUGCAGAGGUCGUGCGCCACCACGUCCUCGUGCGCCCACAACACCUCCACCCAGGCGAUGAACAUGUCUCUGUCGGCGCUCUAUCUGCACGAGAUGCACAAGAGGCACGUGCACAAUCAGCAGCCGGGCAGCGGAGCCGCCGGACACGCCGCAGCCGCUGGUCACGCGUGCACCUCGCGGAGCAUCUGGUCGCAGAGUCCGCUGCACGAGAGCCAGCACCAUCAUCACCAGGACGUGGACGAUCGAUCGCCCCUGCUCCAGCACCCGGACUCGUCGCUGCGCUACCCCAGCAACACGUAGCGAAAGCGUAACAACUGAUACACGCGUUGAUGAUUGAGAUAACGGCGGGAAACGAAUGGCGCGAGGAGCACAAUUGCGUCCGUCCGUUCGUUCGUUCGUAUACGUCGUGCGAUCGUUUUAACUGUGUGACUAUAAUCCAUGGCUGUUUUUUAAUGAAUUAGUUACCAAUUGUUAGUGCGCGAUUAAAUAAAUUUAAUGAAAACUUUGAAUAAUAUUUAUUGAAUAAGGAAGGCGUGUGCGUGUUUGCGCUUGAAUAUAUUUCGUAAAAAAAAAUAACGAUUAACAAUUUGUAUGAUACGAUUAAUGAUACUUUGUUGCGCGAGUGUGUGCGGAUAUUGUCUCGGGGGUAUAGCGAUGUAAAGUGGCAAAGGCUUCGGGAGCUAUUACGCGUUUUGCAUAUAAUCAAAUAUUUUGACAAUAUUCAAAAGAUUAAAAAAAGAGGAGGAGAAGGAGGAAAAAAAUAGUCUAGUAUGUAAAUGAUUGAAGCAAAAGAUGAUAAAAAAAAAAGGAUGGAGAUGUGAGAUCUGCUGUAUAAGAAUUAGAAUUGUAAUAACGAAUUAUCCUCUGACGGUCCUAUUUUCGGGGGGCUGACUGAAACAAACGACUGUUACGGGCAUCGAUUUUAAGUUUAAUUGUCAUUUUCAUUGUUCAUAAACACACACACACACACACACACACCCAUACAUUUACGCUGUAUAUUUUCUAAAGAAAUAUUCAUUGAACUUUGUACAUAAUGACGCAGCUCGUUUUUGAAUAAAGUAACAUAUUUAAUAUAACAAAAUCAUACAUUUAUUUAUUAUCUCUCUCCCAUUAUAUGUCGCAUUA